AUGACGAAAGCCUGCUGGGCCUGGGCCUCGGCAUGCCUUCUCUUGCUCCUGUUCACCGCCGGCGCAGCUGUCAUACCGAACGGCAGCCUUGCUCUUACCUCGACAACUUCAUUGGCACCACCCUCCUCGACUGAGGGAUCGCAAACACUUAUUACGCCUCUGAAGCAGCGUAUGAGGGUUCGCAAAUAUCAGAGCAACUCAGCAGAAGACGGAACUCGCCUCGAAGCAUUGCUUGUUGGACAGCAUGAUGGCCCGAAUCAGAAUCAGAUACGGGCGCGCCAACAGCCGCCGCCCGCCGUUGGUAUGUCGCCUGCCAUCGGGGUGCCGCCCGCCGUUGGGAUGUCGCCCCCCGUAGGGACGCCAUUGACCGUUGGGAAGCCGUUGACUGUUGGAACGCCGUUGCCCGUUGGGACGCCGUUGCCCGUCACCACUAUCACCGUCGUCCGGACUGUGACCGUUGAGGUUGCCUCCCAGACCAGAAUCAUCCACCAGCCCUUCGCGUAUACCCUGACAUUCAUCAAUCCUAUCGUGGUCUACGAAACCCGCGCGGUUGCUGCUCCGCAGCCAUUCAUAACGAUAGCUGCGAGAGGCAAGACGAAUACGGCUGCAUUCAAUCAAGAGUCGCAUCCUGCGGCGCUACCGGUAUAUUCGCCCCAACACAAAGAAGCUCCUCUCUUUUCGAGGCCAGCACGCGUUCAACGACAGGCUCCGGUGGCAGCCCCCAUGGCUUCUAUGAUCACCGUCGAGGUCACUACGACUUUAACGAAGUUGGGCCCCGUUAGCACUAUUACUGCGUACAACCAAGUCUUCGUGUCCGUGACUGUGAACCAGACCGUGACCUUCACCAGAUACACAAUGGCGCUUUCUACUGGGACAACGGCGUCCCUUCCGUCGGCCAAUCCCAUUCCCUUGUCUCCCGAAGGACCCGAAGGGGUCAAGCCGACCGAAGGGAUCCAGCCGACUGACACGACCACGUUCUCGUCCACGUUCACAAGUGGCUCGGAAUCGGCCGGCACCACUACCUUUUUCGCUCCGUCAGAUACAUCUGCCGAGGCUGGCGUUACGACUUCAUUCUCGACGCCAUCUGAUCCAGAAGCUCAACGUCCUACGGAAAGCACAGCAGCAAGCUCUGCAGGGCCGCAACCGGACUCCGUCGUCACCGCUGCGCCUGCGCCUUCCGGGCCAACUGCGGUAACAACCCCAAAACCCGCUUCAAAACCGGCUCUGUCACCGGGCACGAUCGCCAGCAUCUCGUUGGGCGCUGUCACCGGUGUGCUCUUCUUGUUAUUUCUUGGCUACCUCUAUCGAACCUACCGCAAUUACGCCAAGAACCGCCAGCACCACCAGUCACCAGAGAAAGACUACAAGAUGGCACCGCCAACGAUAACCACCGCCAUCACGCUGAGCCGGCCCGAAGUCGCCUCCCCGAACCGCGAAAGUCAAGACGGGGCCACACCCGGCCAAGCUGGCAGCAAGAGCGCAGACGAGGCCAAGCAGAUCAGGGUUGUCAUCCGGCCGGUCACGAAACGGCAGAGCGAGGAUGGCAAACACAGCGAGGACAGCGACGAAAUGGAAGCUCGGCGGGAAGAGUGUCAGCGCGCGUCGAACAACAUGAACAAGGGCGCCUACAGCGUCUCAAUCGCGGGAGGAAGCGAUUCGACUCUUCACGACACUGCCGGUUGGAGCAACCGGAGCGAUAAUGGAAGCACGAUCAGGCGCGCGGCCUCGCAGGACGGCGACAUACCGGAGCUCCCGGAGCCCCGGCCCUGA